CAGCAAGCCAUCAUCAUCAUGCAUAAUUAUGCAGCGGGAGCUCCGCAGUAGGAGCAACAGUGCCUUGUGUUUUGUGGCCGGAACAGACGACGCUGUGCGCCUGCAUGCACAAGAAAAAGCCUUUUACGGAACACUUCUCGAUCACUGGAACCAUGGAUGAAGCAGGUCAACCGAUCCCCAAUGACGAUCCACACAGCCCUUCAGGCUCUCCUCCGCCCUUUCCGCUCGCAGGCCCGCAAUGGAUCGCCUGGUUUCAUCUCCAUAUGGUAAAGUUUGAACCGAAGAGAUUGUGGAACUCCAUAAGAAAAAAAAAAGUGGAAAAAAUUCAAUCGAUCACCGCCGCUAUCUUAGGUUAUCAGCGUGCGGCGGCGACCUCCUUUAAAAUGGCCCAGGCCUCCGGUGGAUGUCCCUUAUCGCUGCUUCUUGCCAGACCGGGGGGUUUGUUCUGCUCUUAGCAUAGCAAUUGAUUUUGCUCGCUCACUAUGACUUUCGCACUUCCUAAUGAUAUACUCCUCCUGGUUGGGGAGUUUGUGGAAGAUCACCGGGACCGCUACAAUCUCCUCUUUGUAUCCCGUCAAUUCAAUGAGUUGUUUCGACGCUUGCUCUAUCGAGCUGCUAGUCUGAAGAGCUGCGCUCAACUACAUUCUUUUCUAGGGGCGCUGCUCCGUCGUCCCGAGCUGGCUCGGGCUGUUCGCUCAUUGGACUUUCAUGAAUGGCAGUCCCGAACGGCCUCCUCUUCUACUUCGUUUGCCGAUACUGAUAUAACACCCUUCACGAACCUGUCUGGAGGUUUCAGCCAUUCCGAACAGGAACAAGAACGAUGGUCUCAGGAUCUCGCGAACGGAGUCGAGGAAGCCUGGAUUGCGCUUCUUCUGCCCCUGGUGGGUAAUCUCAGACACCUUCGACUGGUCUAUCCGAAGAACAACAUCUAUCUGGAUCGCAUGAUGCAGAGAGCUGUGACGGGAGAAAGGCCAUUCCACCAUCAACCCACCUUCCGUGUGCUGCGAGAUGUAUCUCUCAGCCAUCUGCCAGAUGACGAGGAUAGCCGAGGGAGCUUCAUGCCUUCACAAAUCCUCCCAUUCUUUCAAUUACCAUCAAUGCGGACCUUUACCGCCGACUCGGUUGUUGAAACUACGCGGUCAGAAGAAAGCGAGUCGGAGACUGCAGACUCUGAGUACGAACCUGUAGUUGGCUCUUCAUCCAUCUCCGAGAUUACUCUCUGCACAAGCAGUGGUUCCAGGGGUAUGGAGAGCCUGAUCGCCUCCUGCUCUUCUCUGAAAUCGUUCAAGUACCAGCACUCCGACUCACACCUUCUCUCGGAGGGUUACCGACCUUCUUCUUUCUACCGGUCGCUGGACACGAGCAAACAUUGUUUGCAGAGUCUGUGGCUUGACAAUGGGGGCACCCAUCUGCCUUUCACCGUCGCCGGGGCCAACGAGACACAUGAUGAAUGGCUUGGUCCUUUGACCGAGUACACCUCGCUCAAGGAACUCCGCAUCCGCCUGCCUAAUCUGCUCGACAUUCGCUACCAGCUGGACCCAUCGUGUCCCCUCACCGAUAUCCUCCCGCCAUCUCUGGAAGCCUUGUAUGUAGAAGGAUGCAAAGAGAACUCGCUGACCAUGCUGGUGGGACAGCUCAAGUCGGUCCUCCAGAAACGCAAGACCCAAUUCACCAGCCUGAAGCGACUCGAUAUCGAGGGCUUCUUCCACGACGAGGAGGAUGAAGAGGCGUCUGGCUACCAGGCGUCCGACUCCAUGGGCGAGCGAUUCAUCCGGCCACGGGUGUAUGAGAUGGCUGAACCGCUGCGCGAGGUCUGCGUCGACGUCGGAAUCGACCUCUACCUGCGCGACCGCGACUGCCUGGAGACGAUGCGAGGAAGUUAGUGAAUGACGUCACCACCUGUCGAUUUGCGACCGAUACACCGUUAGUUUGCAUUGCUUCGAUGAAUACCCUAUAGAUGAUCCUUUGAUUCUAUUUUCUUAUUUCGGGUUUACUUUCUGGCAGUUGAUUUGAGCUUGGAUUUUUUAGCGCUGUUUUGGAAGCUUUUCAAAUUCAUAAUGUGAUACCUUGGGGCAAUGAAAGACGCUUAGAUGGCAAACUGAGCCUUGUGCUCCGGCAUCUCGACCACGAAUUCACUUCUUAAGAUGUACUCAGUACAAAUAGAGAUCUUCUUCUC